AUGUCGGAGGUAAUGUCAUGGACUGAACAACCUUCAAGUCCAACUUCUGAGAUAAUCACUCAAGAAUACAACCCUAUAGAUGAAAAAACACGCAAUAACUACUUUAUUUGGAAGAAAAACGGCCCUCUACUUUAUGAUUACAUUCAAACCACCUCUAUGCUCUGGCCAAGCUUGACUGCCCAAUGGUUCCCAGACAUCGAGAAUCUGAACGACUCGGACUUUUUGCAACAGCGGAUUCUUUUAGCGUCACAUUCCAGUGGGAUGAACAAGUGUGAGAGCCUGAAACUUUACGGACUCAAGACGCUCAAGCCCAAAGCCAGAAAGCUUGACGUUGCUUUGAAUUAUGAUCCUUUGAAGAACGAGUUCAUCGCUAAGCGAAAUGACUGGGAGGCCAGUACCAUGAGCUUGGUCCAGAAAAUACCACAUAGAUCGGAUAUCAACAGGGCCAGAUACAUGCCCCAAAACCCGGAUCUCAUAGCCACCAUCACGAAUCAGGGCCAUAUCUCGAUAUUUGACAGAACCAAGAAGCCCAAUAGCUACGUGGAAGAGGAGUUUAACGACGACGACGAUUUCUCAGACAUCAAGCUGGAGUUCCAUCAGAGCGAAGGAUGGGGGCUAGAUUGGAAUAGGUUCAAAGAAGGAGAGCUCGCGUCGGGUGCUUCUGAUGGAACCAUUGCUGUUUGGGACAUCAAGAAAUUCCAAAAGGCAGCAGCUGAUAAGAAACCAACUACCAGCAACGUGAUUGGACUCGAAUUCCAGAAACGGAAGUACAAAACCUCAGUGCUGAGUCCGGUAGCAACCGCAGCAGCGCACGAUUACGGAGUCAACAGUCUGGAGUAUCUCUACUUCCAUCAAAGUUUGAUUGGGUCUGUUGGAGAUGACAGAAAAGUCAAGAUUUUCGAUACGCGAGCCAAGUUGAGCUGCGUGAAGGAAGCUGAGGUUUCAGACUCGCCCGUUAAUGUGAUAUCUUUCAGCCACACGCACGAGUUUGGGUUUGUCACCGGAAACGAAUCCGGAGUGCUUUCGUUGCACGAUAUUAGGAACAUGGAGCAGCCGGUGCGAACCAUCUCCAACGCACAUGACGGGUCUCUGACGUGUGCCGCAUGGAACCCUGAACACGGCUCCGUGCUUGCGUCCGGAUCUACAGAUGGCAGAGUCAAGCUCUGGGAUUGGUCACGAGACCAGGGCAAGGAGCUACUGUUUGUGCACGGAGGUCACAUGUUGGGCGUGAACGACUUGGACUGGAACCCGCACGAUUCUAGAAUGGUUCUUAGCUGCUCUGACGAUAAUUCUGUCCAGGUUUGGAAACCAUCAACGGCAAUCUUUUAG